AUGAAGCUCACAUCACUCUCGUCGACCCUUUCCAUCGGCGCGGGACUUGCAACGCUCGCAGCCGCAGGUCCUACGAAGAGAACCAGUCCUACCGUCAAACUCGAUGAUGGGACGUUCACUGGUGUGGCAGCUGAACAGGUCAACAAAUGGCUCGGGAUACCCUUCGCCAAGCCUCCGGUCGGAGAUCUACGUUUCAGCUUACCCGAACUCGUUGAUCCUUACGCCGGCACCUACACCGCUACCACUUUCGGACCUGAAUGUCCCCAGCAGUCCGGUGACUCGCCGCCUGUCUCUCUGCUCCCAGCAGAGACCCUCGAAUUCGUCGCCAAUCUGACAGCCGGCGCUACCGUGGAUGAAGAUGAGGACUGCCUCACGGUCAAUGUCAUCGCACCUCAGGGCAUCAGCACGAAGUCCAAACUGCCGGUUGUAGUGUGGAUAUACGGAGGCGGAUUUGAGACCGGAAGCUCCGCAAGCUAUGACGGUACCGUCAUUGUCGAGAGGUCUAUUGCCAUCAACGAGCCUGUGAUCUAUGUCAGUUUGAAUUAUCGUUUAUCUGCGUGGGGAUUCAUCGCUAGUCAAGAGGUUAAGGACGCUGGUGUGACAAACUUGGGCUCUCGUGACCAGCGGAUGGCGCUACGAUGGAUACAGAAGUACAUCUCUCAUUUUGGCGGUGACUCGAGCAAGGUGACCAUAUGGGGUGAAUCUGCCGGCGCGCUCUCUGUGGGCGUGCAGAUGGUUGCAAACAACGGCAACAACGAAGGUCUCUUCAGAGCAGCAUUCAUGAUGAGCGGCAGUCCUCCACCCGUGGGCGACGUUUUGCACGGUCAAAAGUACUACGAUGCUCUCGUGAACGCCACCGGCUGCUCGGGUAGCUCUGAUACCCUACAAUGUCUUCGUGAGGUGCCGUACGAGGAGCUCAAGGAAGCGGUUAAUCAAGGUCCCAACAUCUUCGCCUACCAGUCUCUAGACGAGGCGUACCUCCCUCGCGUCGAUGGCGAUUUCCUCACGGAUAACCCCCAGAAGCUGGUCCAGCGAGGCAAGAUAGCCAACGUCCCUUUCAUCACUGGUGACUGCGACGACGAGGGCACGCUUUUCAGCCUGUCUAACUCGAACAUCACGACCGAGGAUGAGCUCAAAGAGUACAUAUUGACAUAUUACGCGCCCGGUGCUACGGAUGCGGAGAUAAAGGCUCUUCUUGCUGCAUACCCGGCAGACGUGACGAAAGGUUCUCCUUUCGACACAGGCGCCCUCAAUGCCAUCACGCCGCAAUUCAAACGCCUCGCCGCCAUGCAGGGAGAUUUCGCAUUCAAUGCUCCUCGUCGCUUCCUGUUGCACCAGCGAGCUUCCAAGCAGAACGCGUGGUCUUACCUGAGCAAGCGGUACAAAACUCUUCCGGUCCUCGGCUCCCUGCAUGCAACGGACAUUCUCAACAUCUACGGAGACGAAGAGCUUACCGAAUAUCUCGUUCGAUUUGUAGCGAAGCUCGACCCGAACGGCGGCUCAUUGAAGAACUGGCCGAAGUACUCGACUAGUUCCCCAACCCUUAUGACGUUCCUUGACGGUCUCACCCCGACGAAACUCACUUCGGACACGUUUCGCACUGCUGGAUUUAACAUCCUCACGCAGCUCUCCUUGAAGUAUCCCCUGUGA